UUUUGUAAACGCGGCGCACGCGCAACUUACUGGAUAGCAUUCCCAAACCAAAUUGCACUGAUUUUCUUGCGUAAACAAUCGCCUUUGGUCCCUGAGUUACGCUGGAUGCUUGCCCGCUUACGCUCCUCGGGCUCAGCUGGCUUCCCAGUUAGCUGACAGUGGCUAGUGAGAAGUGCGUGUGCGGUAUAUGUGUUAUGGAGGCGACGGUGAGCCAGGUGAAUGAAUUAUCCGGGAGGAAGAGGGAAAAAGAAGAAAGGCUUAGCGGGUACUGUCAGCUCCCCGCCCGAAGGCGACGCACCCGACCAGGUGUCGCUGCAUAAGCGCAAUCUAUUCUACUUUUCAUACCCGCUGCUGGCGGUGUUUGCGCUUUUCCGAGUCCUCGCCCUGUACUUGGGCAUCCUGUUCGCCUGGUUCUGCGAACGGUUGUCCCGGAUCAUGGCGGCUAAAAACAAGUCGCCUGCAGCAGCGGCCGUCGGCAAAGAAUCCGAUGGUGACUGCGAGCGAGUUCGGAACUACCAUAAGCAGGCCUUUGAGUACAUCUCUGUCGCCCUCAGGAUCGAUGAAAAUGACAAAGGGCACAAAGAACAGGCUGUGCAAUGGUACAAGAACGGCAUUGCAGAACUAGAGAAGGGAAUUGCUGUACAAGUUACUGGACAAGGUGAGCAGUAUGAACGAGCCAGAAGGCUGCAAGCUAAGAUGACCACCAAUUUGAUAAUGGCAAAGGAUCGCCUAGAACUUCUAGUUUUCUACAGGAAUAAAUUGUGGUGUGAGGAAAACAUAUCUAAAACAGCAAAGCUGCGACCAGGUUCUGGUGUUUCUGAGCCCCAGAGAGACAUCUAUAAAGAGAAUAUAAACCAGCCCUACCGUAAUGGAUACCUCCAUUCAGAAAGUGGAGCAAUUCCCAAAAAGAAGGAUCCAUUAACCCACUCCAGCCACUCGCUCCCACGAUCAAAAAAUGUACCAAAAAAUACAUCUACAGGACUUCCUGGUCAUCAUCGCUCGCCCAGCUACAGUGGCCCAUCCUCAAACACUUCCAGGUCACCAGCACAGCCCUCCAGUGCUAGCAAGGGCCCUGUAGCGAAAGCAGUCAACAGACCAAACAACAAACCUCCAACUCCAACAGCUGUUCCUCGCAGAAAGAAGGAUUUGAAGAACUUCAAGAAUGUGGAUAGCAAGCUAGCUAACCUGAUCCUUAAUGAAAUAGUGGAUAGUGGAGCAUCUGUCCGAUUUGAUGACGUUGCAGGACAGGAACUUGCCAAGCAGGCACUUCAGGAAAUUGUCAUCCUUCCUGCUCUUAGACCAGAAUUGUUUACAGGCCUCCGGGCUCCUGCUCGUGGACUACUGCUCUUCGGUCCUCCAGGAAACGGAAAAACCAUGCUGGCCAAAGCUGUAGCCAUGGAAUCCAAUGCUACAUUUUUUAAUAUAAGUGCUGCCAGCUUGACUUCCAAAUAUGUGGGAGAAGGGGAAAAGCUAGUGAGAGCACUCUUUGCAGUAGCUAGAGAGCUUCAGCCCUCCAUUAUUUUCAUUGAUGAAAUCGAUAGCCUUUUAUGUGAGAGAAGAGAAGGUGAACACGAUGCAAGUCGACGAUUAAAAACGGAAUUUCUAAUAGAAUUCGAUGGGGUUCAAUCCAUUGGAGAUGACAGAGUUUUGGUAAUGGGAGCAACUAAUAGACCUCAGGAAUUGGAUGAGGCUGUACUCAGGCGAUUUGCAAAAAGGGUGUAUGUGGCUUUGCCAAGUGAAGAGACACGUUUUAAGCUACUGAAAAACCUCCUUGGCAAACACGGAAACCCACUAAGCCAAAAAGAACUGGUACAAUUAGCCAGAAUGACAGAGGGUUAUUCAGGGAGUGACCUGACUGCAUUAGCAAAAGAUGCUGCUCUGGGUCCUAUUAGAGAACUCAAACCAGAACAAGUUAAGAACAUGUCUGCUAAGGAGAUGAGAAAUAUAAAGUUGUGUGAUUUUGUGGAAUCCCUGAAGAAAAUAAAGCAUAGCGUCAGCCCGCAGACCUUGGAUGCUUUUGUCCGAUGGAAUAAGGAUUAUGGAGACACCACAGCGAUCUGAAACGGAGCGCUGUCCUGGUCUGGGAAAGCACGACAGACUUGCCAGGAGUAAAUAAGGGAAGGAGAAACUUUUCUGUCUGUCAGGGAAGGGCAACUGGUAUCAGACAUUCAAGGGUGCUUCUUCCGAAUCUUGUGCACUUAAUCCUGUGAAACAUUGAAAUUUGCUUUAAAAAUGGAGCAUUAAAGACAUGAAUUAAUGUAUAGCUUAAUCUGCCUUUUAAAGACCUGGAUCAGAAUAUGAGUGAUGAAACUGGUAUUUUUUAUAGGCAAAUAAGUUCUCCAUAAAAAGGUUGACUUCCCAAAUGAGACAACACUGCCUUUACACCUCAAAAUCCAGGGUUCUGCCUUCGAGCAUGUCUGUUACAGCUAAAAUAAAUUAAACAAAAAGGAAAGCACGAGAUCCAACUUGUCAUUUGUAUAUAGUGUAAGCAUUCCAGUAAAUUAGUAUGUAAUCUGCAUGGCUAUAGGAACACCUGUGCCUUAAGCUAAAACAGAGGUUCCCCCCCCCCUUUAAUCUGACUUUAAUCCGUAGAUUGACAAAAAAGAAAAGUUAAACUCGAGUGUUAUUAGUUUGCUGUGCCAAACAUAGCAUUGUGUGGGGGGUGGGGGGUGGGUGGGGGGGUGGGGUAUAGACAGGCAGGCAACUGACUGUUGCUGUUAAUAUUUUAAAUUAAUAAUGAAAAAAGAAUAAAUUCAGGUUUUUUUGUAGUCAGAUCUGUAAGUGAAUAUUUAAUGUUGCUUUUACUGCUUUUCUUUUAUGCUGUGGACAUGUAGAUGUCUGAUGGACCCUUUUGUGUGGUGAUGUGAUGGCAGUAUGACAACUGUACUUCAGUUGGCAUUCUAAUCCUUGUUGAAGGGUUACAGCAGCAUUCAAAAACUGCUGCACAUUUUAAGAAGUUGAUCUGAUUUGCAGCAGGUGUUUUGAGUCUGUGGGGUAAAUAUUGGUAACCUUGGACAUCCAUAGACUGCUUGAAUUGCAUUUUGGUUCAUUAUAUUAUGCAGCUGGUCUGUACCAAUGUGCCUGUCGCCCCACACAUCCAUAAAGAUCUGAUACAGUAAUGCAGGAUUUUUAGUGGAACAUUUAUUUUCACAGCAUUCCUUUUUUUUCUUACUCUUUUUAAACUGGUGCAAAGACUUCUUACUCUGUUUCACAGAACCGUACGGAAUUGAUGUGGUGAGGAGUCUGACCUUUUUAAUUUAAUAAAACAAUGUAUUAUUAUGUAUUCAUGCUGAUGCAUAACCUCAUUGUUUAUUUAUUACAGCAAUAAUUCUUUGUAUAGAGCCAUAAUAAAUCUAAAUUGUAUGAGAAUUAUUAUUGAAAGUCAGAUCUGUUUAAUGAUGUGACUUGUUUGUCCUCAUAAAUGGCUGAGCCACUAAUUGGUUUGUACCCUGUUAAAUGUGUCCUUUGUACUGUGCUUUCACAGUUUUACAACAGUUUCGUAGUGAAAUAAGAAUUAUUUGAGUGAAAAGAAAAAGACACUGUACAGUGAGUUAAAUGAACUGAAAUAAACUUGAUGCAGGUUUGAUGUAGUCUUCUAAUACAUUUGUUGAUUAUUAUUUUUUUUUUUUU